AUGAUCAGAUAAAGGUCAGUUAGUCAGAAUUCAAAAACCUUAGAGUAUGAAUAGGUGAGAGACAUCAAAACAUCUUAGUUCCAUAGAAAGAUAGUGCCUUUGCAUCAAGAAAAUAGCAUGCUUAAAGAUAGACUGCACAAAAUGAAAUUCCAAGUGGAGGACAACUUGCAAUUGGUGAUAGAUGAGUUGGACAAGGAUCUGCAAUUGAAGGCCAAACUCAUAGAUUUCCAAUAGUUGUUCGGAUUGAUCAAGGCCCAAAUAAGCAAGGAUCAUGAGAAGAUCGAUUCAUUACAAGAACAAAUAGAAAGACUGCAAUUUAACUUGAAUCAGAGUGCUCAACAGAGAGAAGACGAGAGUUAAAUGUACCAGCAAUCCCAAGCCAACUUAAAUGAAUAGUUAUAAAAGGAAAAGUAACAAUUUCGUAGUGAGAGACUCUCGUUGGACGAGCAAAUCAAAGUGCUUGCCUAUUAGAACUACGAGAAAGAGUAGGAAUUGGAGUAGAUGAAGAAAUAACUGCAAUGGGAGUUAGAUUAGAACCAGGAACUCAUUUAAAAAGUAGAGAGGACAAAGAAGUUUGAUUAAGAACUAAAGGACAAAUAGGUAUAGUAUGAGACUACUAUCUCUAAACUGAAUUCAUAGAUUGAGACAGACAAUCAGGUGUUCAAGAAUGAGUUGGAAUUACAGUAGUAGAAGUUGGAAUCCAAAUACAGACAGAUGAUAUAGGAAAACAAGUCAUUGACAUAGUAGGUGUCAGAGAUGAAAUAAAAUAUUCAUCAAUUGAAAUAAUAGAAGGAAUCCAUGGAAAGAACACUCGAAUCUAAUAAUCAGAAAAUGAAAGACAUGAAAGCUGGAGUUAUCUCAGAUAAAUAACAGAUGUCCAAAAACGAGAAAACUAUUGAGGAACUAUAAACAGAAUUGACAUUCUUUAAAAAUAAGGUAUCCUUAGAUGAGAAGAGAGAGAUCAAAUUAAAGUAGUAAUUGACCCAAUAAGAGGACUAAAUUCAAGAAUUAUUGUAAGUCAAGAACCAGUAUAAUAAUUUAAGAAAAGUAUUGUAAUAAGAGCAUCUAGUUGAAAUUGAAAAAAUCAACAUUCAACAUAAUUAAUAACUGAAAAGUUUGAAUGAAUAAAUGUAAAUAUAAAGGGUUAAAUAUGAGAAAUUACUUGGUAAACAGGUGGAUAUCAAAGAAAUUGCUCAGUAUUAACAAAAGGAUUUCUCUUAAUAAUAUGAGGAUCCAGUUCAUGUUUAGUAUGUUGAAAAUUUAGAAUUAAAGAUCGAAAAUCAGACUUAACAAAUUACACAAUUGGAAUAAAAUAUCAAAUCUAAUAAUGAAGAGUACAUUAAAGAAAAAUAACAGAUGUACAAUUAAUUCGCUCAAGAAAAACAAGUUCUUAUAACUUAACAGAAGCAGGAUUUAUAAAGACAAUUGGCAGAAUUUGAAGAGUUUAAAAAUAAAUUAUAAAGUGAUUACAAUUAUAGGACCUAACUGUUAAGUCAACAAUUCUCCUUUUAAUUAGAUUAAUAGAAAUAGGAAUAGAAGCAAUUGCAAUAGAUCAUAGAUUAAUCUAAAUUAAGUGGAGAUGAGAAGACUAAAUUGUUAGAGAUAGCCUCGGAGGAGAUUAUGAAUUUGAGAAAGAAAUACGAUCACGAUAUCUAUGAGGAAAGGAAUACUUAAAGACAAAUGAAACAUGAAUUCGAUAAUGCUAUCUCAUAGAAUAAUUCAGAUCAUCAGAAACAAAUUGAUAUUCUAAAAAGAGAAAUUGAGAAUCUAAAACUCUCAUUAUCUGACUUCCAAGAGAGAGAUCAGGUCAACAAGUAGAAGAUAUCUGACUUAUUGAAUGAGCAAAAAUAAGAUCGUUCGAGUAUCAAUCAAUUAGAGUUCUAAUUGAAUAAAAGAUAGAUUGAGAUCUAGAAACUAAAUGAAACCAUCAGAGGACUCAAUGCUCGUAUAUCCACGUUGUUGUUGGAAGUAGAAAAUACAAAAAAGACCUAUAAUAUAUUUGCUCCUUCUUCUUCAAACUCAUCCCACUAUAAUUUGAAAAAGCUAGAAUUAGAAAUACCAGGAGAUCUGAGUCAAUAACAAAGACAUUCCUCUUCUGAAUUGAAAUUUAAACCUGAACUUUUGGUGCAGGACUUUGGAAAAAAGUCUAAUAGGAAUAGAUCCUAAUAAGGUUCUAGAUAAUACCAAAUAAGGCAGAUGCCCCCAGUAUGA